AAUCAAAUCCAAAGUUCGUUUUCAAAAAUCAUAAUGUUUCAUUAAAUUAUAAAAUAACCCCAAAAAGUAAUCAAAGGCUCUGGAUUCAACCCUCAGCUCUAUCUAAAAAAGAACACAUCUUUCCUUCCUUCACCUAGCGAUCAUAUGUACAUCUCUCUCUUCCAAUUCCAACUUUAAUAAAUUCUUCUUUCUGCUUCUUGUUCGACACCAACACCCCGAGAGACGCGGGGAUUCCAAUUCAACGCUCCUCUGUAAUUUUUUUUCCAUUUCAGGGAGAGAGAGAAGAUUAGGUGUUUCAAAAGAGAGGUGAUAACGUUUUGCAGAACGUGACAAACAAUUAUAAUAUUGAAAGCAGCCCAGCAGCAGCAUCAGCCUAGAAACCCUUUUUUAAUUUAAUUGACGGUGUCCAUGUUUCCCUAUUCGUCCUUGGUCUGAAUUUGACGGAAACCCAAAAAGAAAAAUCUAAAAUUUCAGACAAAUAUUGUAAAGGAUUUCGGAUUUGGUCGGGAGGGAGAGGAUGUUUGGGAUCCAAAGCAGACGUGAUUUGACAAUGGAACUCCAAUCUCAGAUUCCGAUUCUCCGUCCAAGCAUCCACGCUAGACGAGCCAACAUCGUCGUCAAGUUUCAAGAUUUAUACGGUUUCACCGUCGAAGGAAAUGUCGACGACGUCAACGUUUUGAACGAGGUGAGGGAGAAAGUUAGGAACCAAGGACGUGUUUGGUGGGCUCUUGAAGCUAGCAAGGGAGCUAAUUGGUAUCUUCAGCCUGAGAUUCUCUUGAUCGGUGACGGUAUCGCUUUGAAAACGUCUCUCAAGAUCUCUACUUUGACGAAUGCGAUUACUUUGAAGAGGUUGAUUAGGAAAGGGAUCCCUCCUGUGCUUAGGCCUAAGGUUUGGUUUUCUCUUUCUGGUGCUGCUAAGAAGAAGUCUACCGUUCCUGAUAGUUAUUAUAGUGAUUUGACUAAGGCCGUUGAUGGCAAGGUUACCCCUGCCACAAGACAGAUUGAUCAUGAUCUGCCAAGGACUUUUCCAGGUCAUCCAUGGUUGGAUACUCCAGAGGGUCAUGCUGCUCUAAGACGUGUGCUUGUUGGCUAUUCCUUCCGUGAUUCUGAUGUUGGCUAUUGUCAGGGACUAAACUAUGUUGCAGCAUUACUAUUACUUGUCAUGAAGACAGAAGAAGACGCAUUCUGGAUGCUAGCUGUCCUUUUGGAAAACGUAUUAGUUCGUGACUGCUACACAACAAACUUGUCUGGAUGCCAUGUUGAGCAGCGGGUUUUCAAAGAUUUGCUUGCUCAAAAAUGUCCUCGAAUAGCUAGUCAUCUUGAAGAUAUGGGAUUUGAUGUUUCCCUCGUAGCCACCGAAUGGUUUCUAUGCCUCUUCUCUAAAAGCCUUCCUUCAGAGACAACUCUAAGGGUGUGGGAUGUACUUUUCUAUGAAGGAGCAAAGGUUCUAUUCCAUGCAGCUUUAGCAAUAUUCAAGAUGAAAGAGAACGAGCUGCUUAUGACCCACCAGGUCGGUGAUGUAAUCAACAUAUUACAGACAACUUCACAUCAGCUUUUUGACCCGGAUGAAUUAUUAACGGUGGCAUUUGAGAAAAUUGGAUCGAUGACUACCAACACCAUAUCAAAGCAGAGGAAGAAGCAGGAACCAGCAGUGCUGGCAGAACUUGACCAGAGACUUAGGAGGCUCAACUCUCUUAAAGAAAGUGGUAAGAGCACAUAAAUAAAAGAACUGUUGGGAGAAGAUGAGCCAAAAAAGGUGUAAACGAGGGAGUCCCCAACAAUGGUUUAUUUACUACCCCUCUUGAUGGUUUCUCUCUUUUUCUUUCUCUAAGUAUAUAUAAAUAGGAUUUUUUUUUAUUAAUUUUAUUUCGAGAGCAAAACAUAACCAAGAUCCAUUUCUGAGAUGGUAAAUGUCAAGUUUCUUCACAUUAGCCAAGAGGUGUUACUUUGCCCUCUUGCUUUUAUUUACCCCUCUUUGACAUAAUCAAUUGUGAUCUUCAUGUUUUAAUAUGAUCCAUGUUUGGUUUGUAG